GGCGUCCAUUGCCGUUUAUCAAAACAAAGCUCUCUAAAGUAAUAUCUGACAAAGCAUUUAUCAAGGGUCAAUUAGUAAUUGCUAAAUAUCGUGAUAAUAGUUUUAAGUAUUUAUGUUAAUGUAGAAUUCUUAAGUAUUCUUUUACGAGCUUGUUUUAAUAUAUUCAUAUAUAGUUUUGACUUAUAACAAUAUGGAAAAAAUGGAUCGUUUGGACCGAAACGUACGAGAUGUAAGCUCUCGAGGUAUUAGUUCAAUUGGACCCAAAAGAAUGGUCCCAAAAGAUCCGCCACAGCAUGCAGAAUUAAUAAAUUUUAUUCAUGAGUCUUGGCACAAGGUAGCGAUAGAAAUUGAGCAAGGUGGUUGCAGCAGCACCUUGUUUUAUAGAAACACAAGUACAGAUCCAAGGCUAAAAGAAUUCAAACCCUUUGACUUGGAGAGUUUCUGGGGUCGUCGCAUGGUUCAAAACUUCAGAAACCAUCCAUAAAAAUGGAAACAAAAUUGUCCAUAUAAAAGGUUAUUGUAUAAAUUAGGAAUUUCUUCAAUAUGUCAGAAAUUUGGUGUGUAUAUUUUUAUUAUUUAUAUUAUGACACAUAGUAAUUAUUUUUUAUACUAUCGAUUUUAUUUCAUGUGUAAAAAGUUUAGCAAUUGUACUAUAUUUUUAACCAUAUUUUGUAAGUAUUACUAAAUGUUUGAAAUAUGUACGUCAUUGUGACUUUUAUACAAUUUUUUCUAUG